UUGCUUCUCCACCAAUGAGAUGCAAGCUUCGUUAAGCGCAGCACUUUUAUGAGCGGCUAAAGCGGGGCUACUGUUGUCAUCGCUGUUGCUGCUUCGCCGGCAGAUCUUGCAAAAGUAGGCGACGGUCGUCUUGUACUUAACCAGAUGGAAGCCCGAAAGCGUCCCAGGGACGACAGCCUUCACCCAGAUAGUUUCUCCACUCCGGAGAAGAAGUUUGUCGACGUCCCCCAUCGGCUGGUUAACUAUCGCGAAUGGGGGAUCGAGGACACAUGCAGAUAUUUGCGUAAAGAGGGAUUCGGUAACCUGGAAGAAAAGUUCAGAGAGGAGCAGAUCACUGGGGUGUGCCUGCAGUACCUCACGGACGCCCAGCUGGAGAAGAUGGGGAUCGGCUCUCUUGGGGAACGAAUCAAGCUUCUUCACAGCCUGAGGAAGCUCUGGCAGCUUUCGGCAGAUGCCAUCAAGGUGUUCAAUGACCCCAUCCAUGGACACAUUGAGUUACACCCCCUGCUGGUGCGCAUCAUCGACACCCCGCAGUUUCAGAGGCUGCGUUACAUCAAGCAGCUGGGGGGUACAUACUUUGUGUACCCGGGAGCCAGCCACAACCGCUUUGAGCACUCCAUCGGGGUGGCACACCUGGCUGGUCGGCUGGUUCGUGCCCUGGGUGAACGCCAACCAGAACUGGAUAUCAGCAACAGGGAUGAGCUGUGUGUGCAGAUUGCUGGUCUUUGCCAUGACCUGGGACACGGCCCCUUUUCUCAUAUGUUCGAUGGAAUGUUUAUCCCGAAAAUGCGUCCUGGUUUGAAAUGGAAGCAUGAGAAGGCCAGUGUGGAGAUGUUUGAUCACAUGGUUGAGGUGAACGGCUUGAAGGGGGUCAUGGAGCAGUACGGACUCAAGCUGCCGGAAGACUUGGUUUUCAUCAAGGAGCAGAUUGCCGGCCCCUUGGAGCCGCCCUUGUCCCUCAGUCAGGAGCAGGCUGCUUGGCCAUACAAGGGUCGUCCUGAAACAAAGUCUUUCCUGUAUGAAAUAGUGGCAAAUAAAAGAAAUGGCAUCGAUGUGGACAAGUGGGAUUAUUUUGCUAGAGACUGUCACCACCUCGGCAUCCAGAACAAUUUUGACUACAAACGCUUCCUGAAGUUUGCCCGUGUGUGUGACGUGGACGGGAAGAUGCAUAUUUGUACCAGAGAUAAGGAAGUAGGAAAUCUCUAUGACAUGUUUCACAUCAGAAACUGCCUCCAUCGCCGUGCCUACCAGCACAGAGUGGGGAACAUCAUCGAGACCAUGAUAGCAGAGGCUUUUGAAAAGGCUGACAAUCAUAUCAAGAUCCCUGGCUCUCAUGGUCAGAUGUUUACCAUCUCCACUGCUAUCGAUGACAUGGAGGCCUACACCAAGCUGACAGACCAUGUGUUUGAGCAGAUCCUGUACUCCACAUCAUCCGAGCUUGCUGAGGCACAGACCAUCCUGAACAACAUAGUCACCCGUAAGCUGUACAAGUGUGUGGGGCAGACCCAACCCCGAAGGCCCAUGAAGAUCACACAGAGCGACCUUCUAGACUGGUGCCAAAUUGUUGCGGAUUCCACACCCCAGAGCGGCACUGAUGUCCUCUUUAAGGCUGAAGACUUCAUUGUCAGCGUUAUUGAUAUGGACUAUGGAAUGAAGGCGAAAAACCCAAUCAAUAACGUGCGCUUUUACUGCAAGAAUGAUCCCAGCAAGGCCAUCAAGAUCCGUAAGAACCAGGUCUCCCAACUCCUGCCUGAGAAGUUUGCGGAACAGCUAAUCCGCGUCUACUGCAAACGGACGGACGACGGGAGUGUGGAAGCAGCCAAAAAAUACUUUGUGCAGUGGUGCAUCGACAAAGACUUCAUUAAACCUCAGGACGGGGAUAUAAUUGCCCCUGAGCUCACUCCACUAAAGGCCAACUGGGAAGAUGAUGAUGAGGAUGACGAUGAUGUUGGUCAGCACCACCCUAAGGGUUCCAGGAAUGGUGCCCAGGGUGUGAGAAACCGCCUCUUCUGAAGACGCAGGGGGGGUUUGGGAGUGGGGAAGGCUGGUCAUUAAACAGGCACGUACCAUAGAAGGGGCAGGACUAGCCCAGCUUAAACAAUCCACAUGCAGUUCAGUUUUCUCUGGUGCCAGCUGUUGGCUAUGAGAAGAACAAGAAUUAUUGUACGUAUUUUAUACUUUAUUUCAUAUUCAUAUUUAUGUACUAUAAAGGGUGUGUAUGGCCACUGGCUAGACAGUGUUACAAUAGUCUGUUUAAUAUGACAGCAUUUCAUAUUGGCACUGUUUAGAAGCAUUUUAAUGUUUGAACUAUCAUGCAUGCAGGUAUUUUCAUUUUCAACCUGAAUGUGUAUUUAUUUUAUAUAUUUGCAUACAAUGCAAUAUUUUUUUAAGUAUUCUCUUUAUCUGUUUGGUGUUCUGGCGUUGAAGGGUUUGGUUCACGUGUCUUUCCUUAGUCCCUUUUUUUUGGAUUUUGGGCUGGAUUUAAACUCACUAUUUGGUGUGUGUGUGUGUGUGUGUGUGUGUGUGUGUGUGUGUGGGGGGGGGGGGGGGGGGGUGUGUUUCUUCCCCCUUGUUAUGUCUGUGCUUUAAUUCUUGAUUCCCAUCAUGUGCCCCCAUUUUAAUAUAUAUGGUCUGUGGAGCGGAUCUUGUAUAAUAUAGGCAGUGUGUCACAUCAUGCUUUGAAAAUGUGAGGGAAAAAAAACCUGGAUAGUGGCUUGUUGAAAAAGUAAUAAACCACUAUGUUGAUUCUGUC